AUGGGUGAUGGUGGUGUUGGAGGAGGUGGUGGUGGAGGAGGCGUGGGUGAUGAAGGCGUCGGAGGAGGUGGUGACUUGGGCAAUGGUGGGGGUGGUGGAGGAGACAUGGGUGAAGGAGGUGUCGGGGAAGUGAUGACUCAGGCGAUGGUGGCGGCGCUGGCGGAGGAGGCAUGGGUGGUGGUGGUGUUGGAGGAGGUGGCAAUGGAGGUGGCAUGGGUGGAGGAGGCAUUGGAAGUGGGGGUGGAGGCGUGGGAGGAGGUGGUGAUUGGGGCAGUGGUGAUGACGGUGGUGGAGGAGAUUUUGGUGGAGGUGGCAUGGGUGGUGGAGGAGUUUGAGGGGGUGGGGGGUGGAGGAGGCAUGGGUGAUGGUGGUGUUAGAGGAGGUGGCAGUGGAGGAGGCGUUGGUGAUGGAGGUGUCGAAGGAGGUGGUGACUCAGGCAGUGACGAUGGCGGUGGAGAGCAUGCGUGGUGGUGGUGUUGGAAGUAG